ACAGUGACCUUCCACGACGUGGCUGUGAACUUCACCCCAGAGGAAUGGUUAUGCCUGGAGGCCUCUCAGCGGAAGCUCUACAGGGACGUGAUGCUGGAGACCUACCAGAAUCUGCAGGCUGUCGGUGAGAGCAGUGUGGAGCCAACCAUGUCUGAACACUUUGAUCAAUCAUCACAUCUUAUGCAUAGGAGAAUUCAUACAGGAGAGAAACCUCAUGAAUGUCAGACAUGUGGGAAGGCCUUCAUUCAGACCUCUAAUUUUAAUGUACCUAUGAAAACUCAUAGUGCAGAGAAGCCUUCUAUUUGUCAGGAGUGUGAUAAUGACUUUACUCAAUCCUCAGGCCUCAGUAUACAUAGAAGUAUUCACACUGGAGAGAAACCGUAUAUAUGUAAGGAAUGUGGGAAGGCCUUUGCGAAAGCCUCAAGUCUUAGUGUACAUAGGAGAAUUCACACUGGAGAGACACCAUAUAUAUGUAAGGAAUGUGGGAAAGCCUUUGCGAAAGCCUCAAAUCUUAGUGUACAUAGGAGAAUUCACACAGGAGAGAAACCGUAUAAAUGUAAGGAAUGUGGGAAGGCCUUUGCUCAAUCCUCAAGCCUUGGUGUACAUAGGAGAAUUCACACUGGAGAGAAACCGUAUAUAAGUAAGGAAUGUGGGAAGGCCUUUGCUGGAGCCUCAGGACUUAUUGCACAUAGGAGAAUUCACACUGGAGUGAAACCAUAUAUGUGUAAGGAAUGUGGAAAGGCCUUUAUUUUGGCCUCAAAACUUAGUGUACAUAGGAGAAUUCACACUGGAGAGAAACCGUAUAUAUGUAAGGAAUGUGGGAAGUCCUUUGCUGAAUCCUCAAAGCUUAGUGUACAUAGGAGAAUUCACACUGGAGAGAAACCGUAUAUAUGUAAGGAAUGUGGGAAAGCCUUUGCUGGAGCCUCAAAACUUACUAUACAUAGGAGAAUUCACACUGGAGAGAAACCUUAUAUAUGUAAGGAAUGUGGAAAGGCCUUUGCUACAACCUCAAGCCUUAAUGUACAUAGGAGAAUUCACACUGGAGAGAAACCGUAUAUAUGUAAUGAAUGUGGAAAGGCCUUUGCUUUGGCCUCAAGACUUAGUGUACAUAGGAGAAUUCACACUGGAGAGAAACCGUAUAUAUGUAAGGAAUGUGGGAAGGCCUUUGCUAAAUCCUCAAGCCUUACUAUACAUAGGAGAAUUCACACUGGAGAGAAACCGUAUAUAUGUAAGGAAUGUGGGAAGUCCUUUGCUGAUGCCUCAAGCCUUAGUGUACAUAGGAGAAUUCACACUGGAGAGAAACCGUAUAUAUGUAAGGAAUGUGGGAAGGCCUUUGCUAAAUCCUCAAGCCUUACUAUACAUAGGAGAAUUCACACUGGAGAGAAACCGUAUAUAUGUAAGGAAUGUGGGAAGUCCUUUGCUGAUGCCUCAAGCCUUAGUGUACAUAGGAGAAUUCACACUGGAGAGAAACCGUAUAUAUGUAAGGAAUGUGGGAAGGCCUUUGCUAAAUCCUCAAGCCUUACUAUACAUAGGAGAAUUCACACUGGAGAGAAACCGUAUAUAUGUAAGGAAUGUGGAAAGGCCUUUACUUCAUACUCGCAAUUGACUAUACAUAGGAGAAUUCACAGUGGAGAGAAACCGUAUGUAUGUAAGGAAUGUGGGAAGUACUUUGCUGAAGUUCGCUGA